GGAUGCAGACUCGGGCUCUCCGCCGUGCAGGCCCAGCUGCCAGUCGACCCUAUCCACUCUGCGCUCAUGGCUUCUCCGAGCAAGGCAGUUAUUGUUCCCGGGAACGGAGGUGGGGAUGUGGCCACUCAUGGCUGGUACGGCUGGGUGAAGAAGGGGCUGGAGCAGAUACCUGGUUUCCAGUGUUUGGCUAAAAACAUGCCUGACCCAAUUACAGCUCGAGAGAGCAUCUGGCUGCCCUUCAUGGAGACUGAGCUGCACUGUGAUGAGAAGACCAUCAUCAUAGGCCACAGUUCUGGGGCCAUUGCAGCCAUGAGGUAUGCAGAAACACACCGAGUAUAUGCUAUUGUGUUAGUGGCUGCAUACACCUCUGACUUGGGGGAUGAAAAUGAGCGUGCCAGUGGAUACUUCAGCCGUCCCUGGCAGUGGGAGAAGAUCAAAGCCAACUGCCCUCACAUUGUGCAGUUUGGCUCCACUGAUGAUCCUUUCCUUCCCUGGAAGGAACAACAAGAAGUGGCUGACAGGUUGGAAGCCAAAUUGUACAGAUUCACUGACCGUGGCCACUUUCAGAACACGGAGUUUCACGAACUGAUCAGUGUGGUAAAGUCUAUGCUGAAAGUACCAGCAUAGACAGGAUCACUUCUGCUAUUUUGCAUUCCAAUAUAGGGGUAGAGCAAUGAUCAGGUUAUUAAUAGAUAAAAAUCAUCUAUUAUCAGAUGAUUAGUGGACACAUAAAACAGAUUAAAGUUUUGAAAAAACACCCACAAGUUCAGUAUUCAAACUAAGUUACAAACAGCAUUUCCAUUUUCCAUUGGAUCUCUGUCUCACAAACUACCAUGAACUAAAGUAGUAUUUUCCCCAUUUGAUUAGGGAUGUAAGGACAGUUUAACUACCUUUAUCUGUCCAAAGUGAGUGAGACAGAAGCAGAAUCCAGCUUUCCUGAUUCCCAGUCCAGAAUAAAACUAGUUUUGUGUAUGUUGUAGGAGUUGUACUCCUCUUUGAAAUGAACCUUUGUCUUAGGUGGCAGGGUGGGGUGGGGUGAAGAAAAUACUAAGGUCCAGAGUGUUGGCUUAGACCUCAAGACACUAGGUGUUUUGAGCUGGCCCAAAACAUUAAACCCAGACUAGGGCUUUCACCUUUGACCCCUGCCCUCCCUUCAAGCACGUUAGGGAGAGGGAUACAUAUGGAUCUAAGAGCCAGGGGUCUGCCAGAUCAGGCAGGGAACAGAAGCCCAGCCUGUACAAAUAUGUCAGCCCGGACAACUAGAUGUGUGGUGGGGAUUAGGACAGCACAGAGAACUUGUGCCCUGUCUAAACUGUUGCCAUCUGGGAAGGUGGCAGGGUGUUGCCAAUUUUCUGAUUUUUUUGAGGGAAAAACUUCAUGCAGUGUUUUUCAUAUCUAUGGACUAUAUGUUUAUUUAUAUACACAGUUCAUAUGUAUAUGAAUUAUACCCAGUACUUGUACAUAUGGAUUAUAUAAGUUGGCAACAACAACGUAAAUAAAUUUACAAACACUGCAAGACACACAAAGUCCAAGCCACCCAUUUGUGACCUCUGCCAUUAGGAUUACCCUAGCCACGUUCUUUAAAUAAUUCUCUGUAAGCCUGAGAAACUUCAUGUCAAAGGAUGAAAUCAUGGGAAUAAUUUAGAUUUUGUUACAAAAUUUUAAAGUACUUUUUAAUGUAAUCUUUCCAUACUUCAAAUUUUGUUCUGUAAAGAGUUCUGCCUUUUAAAUUCCCUAUUCCUUUAGCUUGCUUUCAAGCAUCAUUCCACUUUUCUUCUGAUCACACUCCUUCAAAAAAAAAUGCUUUUCCUUUCCCAACAUUUCUUGGCUGUUGUGAUUCCCAAGUAUUGACUCAAAACUAUUUCCAGUGACUUCAUACUUAAUGUUACAGAACCUGAUGCUUGCUGCAAAACUACGAAUUUCCUUACUAUUUAUGUCUAAAGGAGAUUCAAAGCCAUCAUUUUAACCUGAAAAGUUUUGGUUUCUAAAUUUAGUGCCCAAAGAAAAAAAGGAAAGACUCUAAACUUUUAAGAGCAGUUAUCUUUGGGGAAUGGGAAUUUUAGGUACAGUUUGAAGGAAGUCUCUUUACUUUGUACACCUGGGGAUUAUCGGAGUUUGUUAUAAUGAACAAUGAACAUGUAUUACUUUUAUAAUUAAAAUGACUACAUUUAUGACUACGUUUAAAACAACUUAUUUGAUAUAUUAGUGAGAAGCAAAUUAGAUAAAUCGAGUAAUAAUUUUUUUUUUGAGUAAUAAUUUUCUUAAAGACGUUUGAUUUGACCAAGCCUAUAACCAAAGUUUGAUUCUAUUUGUAUUAUUUGGAAUUAUUAAUUGUUCUUAUUCUCGGCCUUGUUUUUGGAAGUCUUUUUUCAACAAAUUACAAACUUAUACUACAAAUAACAGUUCUAAUAAUUUUGUUGUACUCUUUCUCCACAGGAAAACAAAUACAUACAAUUAAGAAAUAAUUUUGAAAUUCUUCAUUCCUAUAAUUAAUGUAGACCUAUAUGACUGCAAGGAUUGUGCUAAUAUGGUAGCCAAUAACCACAGGUAGCUAUAAAUUGAAAAUUCUGUUCUUUAUUCAAGUCUUCACAGUCACGAAGUGACUAGUGGCUACUUUUACUGAACAGCAGAUAUGGAAUACUAUCAUCACUAUAAAAACUUCUGUUGGACAGCAGUGAUCUAGUGCCUGUAUUUUUAUUUUUCCCUUACCCACCAUCUAAUAAUGAAUAAGAGUUCAAAGUAAAAGUCAAUCAACUUGAAA